AUGCAAUAUAGUAAUUCAAAUGUAGUAACUGAGAUUUUGCUCUUAGGAUUUCAGAAUAUUCAAAGUUUUAGGAUUUACCUCUUUCUCCUUCUUCUUAUCAUCUUUUGUGUGACUGUAUGUGGAAACCUCCUCAUCAUUCUGGUGGUGUCCUACAGCAGAUCUCUCCACUCUCCCAUGUACUUCUUCCUCACACAGCUCUCCUUCACAGAUAUUCUACUCUCCACCACUAUCGUACCUAACAUGCUCCACAUUGUGUUGUGUGAAGGGAGCCAUGUGUCCCUUAUCACCUGUUUAAUUCAAUAUUACUUUUUUAUUGCUUCCGAAUCAUUGGAAUGUCUUCUCCUGACAGUGAUGUCCUAUGACCGGUAUCAGGCCAUCUGUAACCCUCUACAUUACUCCUCCAUCAUAGACCUCACAUUUUGUUUAAAGGCUGUUCUCUUGUGUUGGGUGAUGAUGAUUGCUGUUACAUUUCUAAUUUCAGUAACAAUGAAUCAUUUGUGGUUCUGUGGACCAAACGUCAUUGACCAUUUCUUUUGUGAUUUUGAUCCAUUACUUGAACUUUCCUGCUCAGAUACAUUGUUCAUGAAAAUAGAAGGUAUCAUAUUGGCUGUACCAAUUGUACCCUGUCCAUUCAUUGUGAUACUGGUCUCAUAUGUGUAUAUUAUUAUCAUCAUACUGAAGAUCCCAUCUGUGAGCGGGAGGCAGAAGACUUUCUCCACCUGCAGCUCUCACCUGUCCGUGGUGUCUAUAUUUUAUGGAUCACUAAUAAUUAUCUAUUUAUUUCCAAAUAAGGGAAAUGUCAAGAAAAUCCUCUCCCUGCUCUACACUGUAGUGACUCCGCUCCUCAAUCCUAUGAUCUACAGUCUGAGUAAUAGAGAUAUUAGACAGGCCUUUAAGAAGCUAAGUAGCAAAAUGUUGGCUGUCCUUUAA